UAUAUGCACCAUGGAACAACCAGAUUUAAAUUACUUGAAGAUGGUUAUACGGAGUAUUUUAACAAGCUCUCCGGGUAAAGUGACAAUAUCGCAAAUAUCAAGUGACUACUCUAAUUUUGAAGGUUGUAAUUUAUCAUUUGAGCAUUUGGGAUUCAAGACUAUUUAUGAGCUACUAGAAAAUAUGUCUGAUGUUCUUAGAAUACCGCAAAACCCAAACAUGAACUCAUUCGUAACACUUAUUGUUGAUGAAAAAACUUCACAUCUCAGAGAACUUGUCGUAAAUCAAAAAACAAAAAAGCAGCGUCCUAAAAAAAAUAUUUCUACUUUAAGAAGUAGUAAUAAUCACUUGCCGACCUCUGCCAAUUAUAAAUUUUGUGUUAACAAUCUUGAUAAUCAAAGAAAUGAGUAUACCAUUUCUACUAUACAUAAAUAUAACACUCCUAGGUAUGAAAAUAGCACUCCAAGGUAUGCUACCAAUGCUCGUGGAUAUGAUCGUGUAAAACUCAAAUCUGUAAACUCAAAACCUAAUGGUACUGUAACAACAAGACUCAGGAGCGAUGUAGAAAAUCUGUGUAAUACUUCAAAACGAAUGAGCAUUCCUAUGUUAAAGAAUUUUCUAAUAAAUCAUCCGGAUUAUAAAAAAAUGGGUACAAGUCAUAUUGAAGAAUCUAUAAAUAUGUUAAAAUAUUUUAUUUAUAUUGAUAAACAAGGAGUACAUCUUAAAGUUCCAACUCAAGAUAAUAUUGAAAAUAAAUGUAUGUCGUCAACAAUUCAGCAGUUCACUUCUAAACCGUCUCAUCAUGAAAUUGUGUCCGAAAAAAAAUGUGAAGAAAAUAAUGACACGAAAAAUUGUUUAAAAAUACAAAAGGAUGAUUAUAAAAGUGCCAUUGUUGCUAUUAUAUCUAGAUCUAAUGAACCAAUUACUAUAAAUAAAGUGUUAUCCAUAUUUCAAGAGGAAUAUGGUCAUACCUUUCCAUUAAAAAAUUUUUUUUGUAGAACAUACAUGGAUUUCUUUCGUCUAUAUCCACAUAUAUUUAAAUUGGAAGAUCAAUGUUCCACCAACAGUGUUGUGAGUCUAGAAAAACAAAUUAUAUUGGAACCAAAAACAAAUAUUAGAAAACAGUUUAAUAAAGCAUCCAUAUUUAAUAACAAUAUUGCUGUUACCAAUUCAGGAAACACAAUGUUAAAUAGCAGCAAGUUGAAAUCUGAAUAUUUAUCAAAUGAAAGUAGUUAUCAGAUGAAUAAAUAUCCUCUUGUUGAUAACUCAUACCAAUCACAUUCUGUAAAAUCAAUAGAUUCAUAUGAAAUGUAUGACUCUGAUACAGUAUUAGAUACAAUGAAAGUUAAAAUGCGCCGAAUUUUAAGUAAACACAAAGAUGGUAUAUUAUGUAAUGAUUUUAUGGAUAUUUAUGGUAAGGAAUAUAACAGUCAUUUUAAUUUUUUUGAAUAUGGAUUCAGAAGUAUGAGAGAUAUGGCAUACAAGUUACCAUCUGUAUUUUAUGUAAAAGUAACUGAUGAUGACAAUGAUUGUAUUCUAUUUGAAGCUGAUAGACGAAGUGAACUAGAAAAUAACUUAGAAGAUCCAUCACUGUAUUAUAAAAAUAUUCCGAAGACUAUAUUGUAUAAUCUUUCUCAUUUCUUUAAUAAGCAUUGGAAUGGUGUCAAAUUCAAUGAAUUGAUGUCUUUAUACUGUGCAGAAUAUGGCCGAGCUUAUGAACCAUUAAAGUAUGGUUAUUCUUCUGAAAAACACAUGUUUGAAUCUUUAGACAAAAUGGUUGAAAUAGAAAAUAAUCAGCUGUUUACAAUAGAUCCUUUUGCCUAUGCAGAAUGUUUUAAAAAUAAAAAUGUAGACGUAAUAAACCACCAAGAUAACAGUUCCAUUGCUGAUGAUUUUUUAUUGCAUUACACUGGAAAGGAUAUCUGCAAUGGGAAAUUUAGGUAUUCUAAAAUUAAGUUGAACGACCAAAAGGUAGCAAAAAUCAUAGUUUCUGAAGUGUACAACCCAAGUUCAUUUUAUAUUCAAUUAGAAGCAGAAGUCAAUAAUCUGAAUAAAUUCAUGGACACAUUGCAGUUGUACUACGAAAAAAAUGAAGAAAAAUAUAAAGUUAUACCAAGGCUUAUUCUUCCAGAAUUGCCAUGUGCCUCAUGCUAUGAAGAUUCUAAUCUGUGGCUCAGGGCUAUGGUUUUAAAUAUUGUUGAUGAAGAAAAUGUGAAAUUAUCAUAUGUUGAUUAUGGAACAAUUAAAGUAGUAUCAAAAACAAAUGUAAGACUUUUAGCAUCACAAUUUGGAGCAUACCCUAUUCCAGCAGUACAUUGUGGUUUGUACAAUUUUAGCGAAUUGAAUUAUCCACGAGAGAUAAGUGAAUCUUUUGCUGAAAUGACUGAUGAUCAUGUGCUAGAAGCACAGUUUCAUCACCCACAUUUUGAAGAUGAUUCUCAAAAAAUGAAUGUCACAUUAUUUUUGAAUACUGAACACGACAAAAUUAAUAUAAACAAAAAAUGUUUUGAAGUAAUCAUGAAUCAAAUAACACAAAUCCAGAAUAAAUUGGAAGAAUGAUUUGUAGAGUAUUGCAAGGAAAACAAUGGACUUUAGUUUAAAAAGAGAAAAGUAAAGCAACAAGAAAACAAAAAGUUCUUCGUUUACCAGAUACUUUUAUUUUGAUUUUAAAUUAUAUUAUUUAAUAUAUAAUUGUCACUUGAAGUGUAAUUAAGUACAAAUUAUUAUAAAAAUUAAAAGUCCUAAUAUUAUCACAUAGAACCGAUUUGUUGAAUGUGUUUUUAUCUAUGUAUAUAUAUUUCUAUAUACUAUGCAAAAUGUGAGGUAUUGUAACUGGUAUUUUUAAUUCUUAAAAUUUUUUUGGGGCCCUUGCACCCGCAUGAGUUGUCUUCCUCUUACAUAUGUGAGACAUACUAAAUUUUAGUACAUCAGUUUCAAUAGUGUGCUUUUAGUUUCGAUAUUUAAGUACAUUGACCUAUAAUCAAACUUUUAGUUAAGAAAAUUAUC